UGCCUUAGUAUUUCCAGUCUAAAGGCAAAAAUGGGUGCAACGAUCCUGCUUGUGGCCCUUCUGGGAGCAUUUAUUCAUCCUUUACUUGCAGAUGAGUCAUACCAAUACGCCGAACAAGGACCCAAUGGAGUAACUGUGUACCACACGGUUAACAUCAAUGAGCAAGUGAAGGUUGUCGUCUUUAACGUAUACUCAGGCAAGCAGUCAGCAAAUGCAGUCUUUGAUUACAGCCAGAAUAUAAUCGCCUACCACAUGCCUUACAAAGGAAUCUGUGUCGUCGCUCACAUGGAUAUUGCCACUUUCCCAGGACUGGGAAUAUUUAACAAAUUCAUCCACACCAAGAGGGAGAAAGAAAAGGAGCUGAAAAAGCUGCUGAAACACUAUGAGAUCACCAACCAGCAAGUAGGUGAUCUGUCCCAGUUUGGACACGCUGUUGAUGGACUAUGCUGGGGGGUCCCCACUUACUGGGCUACUGAGAAACCUAAACCAAGGUCCGGCAUUGGUGCUCAGGGUUGCGCGGGAAUCCAUUUUCUUUUCAUACACGUCGGAUUGUGCGGAGGUUUUCAUAUUUAAUCCCUGCAGCAAAAGCAUCAUAACAACAAGCAAGAUCCUUACAAGUACAGGCCACAGACUAUUUUAUCAACAGCACAUUUAUAUCAACAUGUGGAACACACCUAGAACAUUUCUUUCUACUCAGGAACCCUGGGUAACUCAAUGUAAACUGAAUGUGCUCUAUGUUCUUGUUACUAUGUCUGCAUUCAGUCUGUUCAUUUAUACUAAAUAAACUUUGAGGACUGAAGAUAA